UGAAUCGGAUGUUUGAUGUGCAGCACAGCAAUUAUCACAUUGUAAAAUGAUUGUGUUAAUGUUUUUGUGUUUUGGUAUAUUUGUUAGUGUUACCGAAGGAAAGACAAAAGCCUGUGUCCAUGGAACGUUUAGUCCACAUCCAACUGAAUGCUCGAUGUACCAGGUAUGCGUCCAUGGACACCAGAUGAACAUGACAUGUGUGUAUGGAACUGCAUGGGACCAGAAAACGUCUUCGUGUGUAGACGCAGCGGAGAAAGGGUGUAAAAUCAAAGAUAAAUCAUCUGAUUCGUUUUCGUGUCCCUCUACCUUCGGUCAGUUCCCCGACCCCAAGGACUGCACCAAGUACUACGUGUGUUCGUUCGGAACAGCCACAGCGAAACAAUGUCUCAAAAACACGGGAUGGGACCCAAAGCUGAAGUUGUGCAACUACCUGAGUAAUCUACCCAAGUGUCCUCCGUAACUCCAGUCCUAUAAUCAUAUGGACGCUUUUAUCUAUCAAUUUUCUUUUUUUUCUUUCAAAUUUCUUUUCAUGUUAAAUUUUUUUUCGAAAUAAAAUUUAGAGAAAUUA